AUGUCGUCAUCGUAUCGCUGGUACGCUAUCCAGACCAGCGUCAUGAAGUUUUGUAACAUGGUUCGUCAGCUGGAGGCAAGAAUAAAAAAGUUGUCAAUUCCCUCCCCUGUUUCAGCUCCUUGGGCCGGGCAGUCCUCCCCUCUGUCCUCGGCCGAGCGCGCUAGGGUUCCUCAUCCCGCCGCCCGCUCCUCUCCUCCUCCCUCCGACGAGCGAGGGCCUCCUCCGACCCCUGCGGCAGCCGACGAGCGCGGCCCCGACGCGCCCACCCCGCCGGCCCCUGCCGUCCUCCGCCCCCGGUCACCCCAGCAGCAGCCGGCGAACCAAGGACGCUGCCGUGACCCUCGUCGCCACCCCCCCCCCCCCCCCCCCCCCCCCCCCCGCCGUCUCUUCCUGCGCGUGGCCGACCGCUGCUCUCCUUCGACCGCGGCCUGGGGUUUUCUUGCAAUGGUUUUCGGUGGCGGCUUCAAAUUUUUAGUGGGAGUGGGAUGUGGUGUCUAUGUAGCUCAGAACUACAACGUUCCAAAUGUCAAGAAGCUGUUCAACACGUAUGUUUUCCUGGCAAAGCACGUUGAGGAAACUUACCGUAAGCCGCCGAAGAAAGACGACGACUGAUUAUCAUACCCAUGGCGAAAAGAAGUAUAUACUCUGACAUUACAGAAACAUGAUCUGCGUGAAUAUUAAAGUUGUUAUGAUCUUUUCAAGAGCUGAGAACACCAGCUGUGAAGUUUGUCAUGGCAAGGUUUGUGGAUCUUUAUGAUAAAACCUUAGUGUUUUUUAACGUCCGAUUCAAAUAUUAUGGCACUGGUAGAAAUUUCAUAAUAAGUGGGUGUCUGGCAACUUA